ACCAAUUUCCAUGCAGCGAAGAGUAAGCACGACAGCAACCUUUUUGCUUUUAGAUUAAAUUAUGACGUCUGUAAAUUCGCACUCACCGCUCCACAGCGUUCAACUUUUAACAGUGACCCCAAAAAAAAUCCAAACAAAAAGUGUUUUUUUCCCCAUGUUUCGUCACAAACGCCAAAACGUCAUAAACCGUCUAUCGGGGUAAUAAACGCAAUGAGUCGAAUCGGUAUUCGCCAUCCACCGAAUUUCUGAGCCAUCCCGUUCAUAGUUUUUGUUUAAGUAUACAAAACAAGGUUCGGUGACUUGUUAAUAUAUUUUGCGUGAGCUCCACUUUGUGAUCGAACGUCAGAGUCUCUGUUCGUAUUGUUUUAGAUGCUAUUAGUUCUGUUACUUAUGCGGGGAAGUUUUGGCAUUCGUCAGUAACUUGAGCCUCAAGCCACAGCGUUUGGGAUGGACAUGUAUGGUUGCUUGAACGAAGGAAGGAAGGAUGCAAGGCGACUGACUGAAAACGUCUUCAUUGACUGCACGAGGAGGAAUGACAAGAAUGUGAGAAGCACAGCUUGAUGUAAACGUCUUCCCGAGCGCAACCAUUUGAGACGAGAUGGAGAAUCCCGUCUUACAGACGCAAGCGUCCACUCUGCCGUUUUUUGACACGGCCCACGCCUUCAACCUGCUUCGAGGAAUUCACGAGCUCCGGGCAGAGCGCAAGUUUUUCGACGUGACUUUGUGCGCGGAGGGCCGCGAGUUCCACUGCCACCGCACGGUGUUGGCCGCCGCCAGCACCUACUUCCGGGCUAUGUUUGCCGGUACGCUACGGGAGAGCAUCAUGGACCGGGUGGUUCUACACGAGGUUUCGGCCGAGCUUUUGGGACUGCUGGUGGACUUCUGCUACACAGGGCGGGUCACCGUCACACAGGACAACGUGGAUCUUCUGCUGAAAACAGCCGAUCUCUUUCAGUUCCCGUCAGUCAAAGAAGCCUGCUGUGCGUUCCUGGAGCAACGUCUGGAUGUUACCAACUGCUUAGAAAUCCAAGACUUUGCGGAGGCCUACGCCUGCCGAGAGCUGGCGGCCAGCGCCCGCCGCUUUGUCCUCAAAAACUUAAUGGAUCUGGCUAAAGGGAAAGACUUUGAACGCUUGCCUUGGAAGCGCCUCCUUGAGUUUGUGUCUGAUGACGAGCUAUGCGUGGACAAAGAGGAGACCGUCUAUCAGAUCGCGGUGCGCUGGGUGAAGGCCGACCUCCAACGGAGACUUCACUACUGGCCCGAGCUCCUCCAGCAGGUCCGACUCCCUUUUGUCAGGAGGUUCUUCCUUUUGGCCCAUGUGGAGAGCGACCCCCUCGUGUAUCUUUCGCCCACCUGCCUCCGCAUGGUCAACGAGGCCCGUAGCUUCCAGUCCAGCGAGUAUGACCGCCACGACAGACCGUGCCGCCGCAUGCGUCCGCGGCCGUCCACCGGACUGGCCGAGAUCCUGGUGGUGGUGGGGGGUUGCGACCAGGACUGUGACGAGCUGGUGACCGUCGACUGCUUCAACCCGCAAACGGGCCAGUGGCGCUACCUGGCCGAGUUCCCCGACCACCUUGGAGGGGGCUACAGCAUAGCUGCCCUCGGGAAUGAUAUGUAUGUCACCGGCGGCUCUGACGGCUCUCGCCUGUACGACGGCGUGUGGCGCUACAAGUCCAGCGUCAACGAAUGGACGGAGGUGUCGCCCAUGCUGAAAGCGCGCGAGUACCACAGCUCGUGCGUGCUGAAAGGUCAGCUGUACGUGGUGGCGUCGGACAGCACCGAGCGCUACGACCACACGUUGGAUUGCUGGGAGGCCCUGCCGCCCAUGCUGCACGCCAUGGACAACUGCUCCACCACCACGUGCAACGGACGUCUGUACGCCAUCGGCUGUCUCGCCGGGGAGGACACCAUGGCCGUCCAGACCUACGAGCCGGACAGCAAACGUUGGUCCAUGGUGAACUGCGGACAGCUGCCGCUGUGGUCGUUCACCCCUAAAACGGUGACCCUCAACGGCCUCAUCUUCUUUGUCAGGGAUGACUCAGCAGAGGUUGACGUUUACAACCCCCCGACAAACCAGUGGGAUAAGAUUAGCCCUAUGAACCAGGUUCACGUCGGAGGCAGCGUGGCGGCGCUGGGCGGCAAACUGUUUGUAUCCGGCGGUUACGACAACACGUUCGAAUUGUCGGACGUAGUGGAAGCAUAUGACCCGGCCACUCGCACCUGGAGCGUCGCGGGCCGGCUGCCCCAGCCCACUUUUUGGCACGGCAGCGUCAGCAUAUUCCGACAGUUCAUGCCUCUGGUGUCGAAUGCCUUUGAGCCUGUCGGCCCCCCGGACGCUAACGCCAUCCACCUGCACCGGCACCAGCGUCACCAGGCUAUCCACAACCUCAACAACGUCAAUCAGGACGUGAACGCGGCCCGCUGACUUUGGAUGGCUGUUCGUUGACUGUGAGUUUUCAUCACAAUGCUGAAACAUGAAUGCGUCACCUGACUUUUGGUGACUGAUGGUUUUGAAAGAGGAUCCAAGCCUCUCGGGCUUGAAACUGUUGUCAUGUACAUACGGAAAGACUAAGGCAGAAUGAUCAUCAUUCAGAAGCUGCAAAACAGAUUGAUUAAAUAGGGUAAUAGUGUUAAAAAAAAAAAAAGAAGAUAUAAAACUUUCAGUCAACUUGAAAUGUAUCUUUUGCAUUUUUAAGUCAAGGAAGUGAUGCGGCCAACGGUACCAGAGAAAUACUUAAUUUCAUUAUCUAACUACUCGGCUAACACAAUCACAACAACUCUUAAGUUUUGUUUUAGCUGUGAAUGUCCUCCAGUGCAGGCUGUAUGAUGAAUGGAUAAUCAAAUCACAUUUACAAAUCACUCAUGGAUUAUUUAAAUCGUUCAGCCCUACCUGGAAGCAUGCUGGAAGCACCCGCCCAAUUAAACUUUUUUCUCAUGAAAGUGUGUCAAAACACUUUUGAUUCCAAUUGUGGAUGCUCAGUCAUUGAGCUAGAUUAAAGGUAACAUUGAGAAACAUGGUUUAGUAAGUCGUGAAUAUCAUAUUUUGAGCUGCAUACAGUAUGUGCUUGUCAGCUAUAUUUAUAAAGCAUGCCACAAUGUUUACGUUCCGAAACUGACACUCUGUUACCCUGAAGCAUAAAUGACGUAAUUGUCACAGUGCCUGAGUAAUGCUUAUUAGUGGUUCGCUUCUUAUGUGCAUGGACCUUCCCUUAAUAUGUUUGUGUAUGCAUGAUAAUUACAUUCUCAUAAUGUGGUAUCAAUGAAUGCACCUUUGAAACAAAUGAGGCAAAGUAGCAUGUACUCUGUGGCCACUGUUGAGUUAGUCUCAACUAGUUACCAUAACGUCAGAGAUGUGAAGUCCGUUAAGGAACUGCACCUCGGUCGGCUGGUCCCAACUGGAAGUGCAACGGGGUCUCAGUUAACUUUCACAUGGAACUUUUUGUUACAUUUGCGUGCCCAUGUAUUUCUCUUUUUUGACCUCAAUGUAAAUUUAUCGCUUAUGUUUACGAUUUUCUUAGCUGGAAGUGAAAGAUUUAAGCUUCUUGUGUUGGUUAGCCUCUUGCUAAUUGUUAAUUUGUGCUCAACUUUUCUUCUUUUUUUUUUUUUUUUACAAAGAAAACAAAUGCAUGAGGUUUUAUAUUUAAAUGUAUUUAAUAGCAAGUGUAGCAUGAUGCAUUCGCCUUGAAUGUCGAAAUAAAUCAUGCAUUUAAAAUCAAAAA